AUGAGCAAGGAAUUGAGAGCACUCACAAAGCGGGAACGGCAGAUGCUGAAUAGCUUGGACGUCGUGCAGCAAUUUUUAGAGGAUUUUGAAUGGGACAGGGAUGAGUGCCAGGUUGAAGUUCGGUUGCAGCUGUUGCAGGAGGAGUACAAAGAAUUUCUCGAAGUUCGCAACAAAAUUGAAAUUAUCAUGGAAGAUGCGGAUUCUGAGAAAUUUGCUGCGGGAGAUGAAGAUGAAAAAGAGGAAGCAGAUCAACUUCGAGAAAAGGCCAAUUUUGACGUAAUGCGGCAGUUUCAGAAUCGGUUUUGUGUGCUGAAGGCACAACUUUUGAAGCUAAAACCUGUCAGUACAGCAGUUUCGAAAUGCGACAGAGAUCAAUCUAAUUGUGGAAAGCAGACAGCAGCAUUUUCUCGAGUUAAACUUUCGGAGAUUUCCCUUCCCCACUUCAGCGGUAAUAUAAAGGAUUGGGUUACGUUUCGCGAUACCUUUUAUAGUCUGAUCCAUAACAACUCGCAGUUGACGGAAAUGGACAAAUUCACGUACCUGAAGUCGUCACUCACAGGAGAAGCUCUCCAGGAGGUAAACGGCAUCGAGUUGUCUGCGGCCAACUACGAUGUAGCUUGGAAGACUCUGGAAUCCAGAUACGAAAACCGAAAACUCAUCGUGAAGGAUCAUCUGGAUGCACUCUUCUCACUCGAACCUCUGAAGAAAGAAUCUUACGAUGGUUUGAAUCAUCUUAUCCGCGAGUUUGAGAAGAAUUUGCAAAUGUUGGAGAAAAUAGGGGAUUGGGUCGUCAUGGGUGCAGACCACUAUAUGGAUCUGCUAACCGAUGGCAGACAAAAGGUAACCGACGAUGGACCUACGCUACAAAACACGGUAUUUGGUUGGAUCCUAUCAGGAAGGAUUCCACGCAGCUCCUCCAGAAUGACCCAGUCAAUCACGUUUGUGUGCUCCACGGCAAAGAUUGAACAGCAGCUCACAAGGUUCUGGGAACUAGAAACCUGUAACACUACAUCCAACAACUCCAUCGAAGAAACAAUCUGCGAAGAAAUAUUUGAUAAGACGACAGUCAGAGAUUCAUCAGGAAGGUUCAUCGUUACACUACCGAAGAAAGAAUUCGCAAUUGAACGUCUUGGCGAAUCGAAAAGGAUAGCAAUUAAUCGGUUCAGAGGAUUGGAACGACGCUUCUCUGCAAAUCCAGAACUGAAGCAGAUGUAUACUGAUUUCAUCCAUGAAUAUCUACACCUUGGACAUAUGCAAAUCGUUACGGACAGAUCUGAAAAGGGAACAUACUAUCUGCCACACCACGCUGUUUUAAAACCAGAAAGCACUACAACAAAACUUCGAGUUGUGUUCGACGCUUCGUGCAAAACAACGACCGGAGUAUCUCUGAAUGAUGUCCUUCUAGUUGGCCCUGUUGUACAGGAUGAUUUAAUCAGCCUAACUUUGCGCUUUCGGUUGUAUCAAUAUGCUCUUAUUGCGGACAUCGCCAAAAUGUACCGCAUGAUUCGAGUUCAACCAAACGAUAGACAUCUGCAGAGAAUCUUGUGGAGGGACUCCUCCGACCAGCCCAUCAGCUCAUUCGAAUUGACGACCGUUACGUACGGAACAGCAUCCGCACCAUAUCUGGCGACCAAGUGCCUGCAGAAGUUAGCAGACUAUGGUCAGCAAACUCAUUCGCUCGCAGCAUCCGUCAUCAGAAAUAACUUUUAUGUAGACGACCUGCUAUUGAGUAUAGGUAGUAUUGAUCAAGGCAGAGAACUCAUACGUGAAAUCAUCGAAUUGAUGGAAUCAGCCGGUUUCUCUUUACGGAAAUGGAAUUCGAAUUCCCGAAAACUCCUAUUGGAUGUACCAGAAACCCUGAGAGAUGAUCGCACCAUUCUAGAGCUAGAUUCGUCCAGCGCUCCAAUCAAAACCUUGGGUUUGGCUUGGGAACCAAGUACAGAUAAUUUCCGAUUCCAUAGUCCUAAGUGGAGCAUGGCAGCAGAUAUUACAAAAAGGGUUGUGUUAUCAGAUGUCUCCAGAAUAUUUGACCCCUUAGGCUUGGUUGGUCCGGUGGUGGUGAAAGCGAAGAUUUUUAUGCAAGAGCUCUGGAAAUACGAAUGCAGUUGGGAUGAGCCUCUCACUGAUAGUCUUCAACAACAAUGGAAAGAAUUUCGGAGAAAUCUUGUAGACUUGGAUGGCAUGUCCAUUCCUCGUUGGGUCGGAGUCACCGCAACUGUGAAGUCCAUACAACUUCACGGAUUCUGUGAUGCAUCAGAGAAGGCAUAUGGGGCAUGUAUAUUUGUAAGAACCGUCGAGGACAACGAUACUGUUUCAACACACCUCUUGAUUUCAAAAUCACGGGUAGCCCCUCUGGAAAAUCUCAAAAGAAAAAAUCGUCGGCAGUCCAUUCCUCGACUUGAGUUAUCUUCAGCACUGCUUCUUUCACAUUUGCACGAGAAAGUGAUGGCCAGCAUCCACAUCGAAGUCAAGUCAUAUUUCUGGACGGAUUCGAUGAUCGUAAAAUGUUGGCUUACUUCAGCACCAUCCAGGUGGAAGGAAUUCGUUGCGAAUCGAGUCUCCGAAAUACAGCACCUGACGAGUGAAGGAGUUUGGAAUCAUGUAAUGGGAGUUGAAAACCCUGCUGAUAUUAUUUCCCGGGGCAUGACUCCAGCGCAGCUACAAUAUCAAUCCAGUUGGAGGCAUGGGCCUGUUUGGUUACAGCUGGACGAAUCGAAUUGGCCCCAACCCAUCCCAAUCCAGGAGGAAGAAUUAGACAAGUCAAUUAUGGAAGAGAAAAAAGUCAUCACAGUAGUUCUACAUGCAAUCAACCCAACUGCUAACCGGAAUCGUCGCAAGCAUGGAUUCAUCACCGCUGAAGAACGCGACGAAGCACUGAAAAUUUUAGUUCGUCUGUCCCAGAAAGAAGCAUUUCCACAGGAGUUUGCUGACUUAUCCAAGGGUGAACAGGUUCAGGAGUCCUCUAGAAUAAGUUCACUUCAUCCGCAGAUAACAGACGGCACUAUUUGUGUUGGCGGCCGGUUACAGCAUGCGCUGUUGUCAACAACUCGGAAGCAUCCAUUCAUAUUGCACCAUCGACACCCGCUAACAAGAGCAAUUGUAUCAUAUUACCACCGUAAGCUGUUUCAUGCAGGUCAACAACUCUUGAUUUCCACUGUCCGUGAACGGUUCUGGCCGACAAACGCUCGAAACCUGGCCAGAAAGGUUAUUCAUGAAUGUGUUCCAUGUUUUCGCAACAGACCCAGAAUACACGAUCAACUGAUGGCAGAUCUUCCACCGGAAAGAGUCACUCCUUGCAUACCAUUUCAGCGAGUUGGAGUCGACUACUGCGGGCCGUUUUGGAUUGCGUUUCCACAUCGCCGAGCUCGUCCAACGAAAUGUUUUGUAGCUGUGUACGUGUGCUUGGUUACAAAGGCAGUGCACUUGGAGCUGGUCGCUGACUUAACAACACAGGCUUUCUUGGCAUCACUGAAACGCUUUUCAUCACGCCGUGGCAAGCCCAGUCUGGUAAUGUGCGAUAAUGCCACGAACUUUGUUGGAGCCAGACGAGAAUUGGACGAGCUAUGUACGUUGUUUAACAACCAACAAUUCCAACGGACUAUUUCUGCAGAAGCAGCGGAAAGCAAUAUUGAUUUUCGGUUCAUACCCGCACGUUCCCCAAACUUUGGAGGACUUUGGGAGUCAGCAGUUAAGUCCUUCAAAACAUUAUUUAAGCGGACCAUUGGCACCCACACCUUGCUUUAUGAUGAGAUGCAGACUGUUUUAACACAAAUCGAAGCUGUGCUAAACUCGCGACCACUGACUCCGGUGAGCAACGAUCCGAACGACUACGAAGCGCUAACACCGGGUCAUUUCUUGAUCCAACGACCUUUAACUGCGAUUCCUGAACCUGAUUUGGACGACAUACCUGUGAAUAGAUUGUCUGCUUGGCAACGGACGCAAUAUUUUAUGCAAUGCUUGUGGAAGAAAUGGUCGGCACAGUAUCUCUCGAAUCUACAGAACCGCACUAAAUGGACGAAAGAACGCGAUAAUUUGACUGCUGGGACUAUGGUGCUGUUGAAAGAUGAAAAUUUACCACCAUUGAAGUGGCAACUUGGGCGGGUAGUGGAGUUGCAUCCCGGAUCUGAUGGUAAUAUUCGUGUUGUUACCGUACGCACAAGGGAAGGAAUAUAUAGGCGUGCAAUAUCCAAAGUCUGUAUCUUGCCCAUCCGUGAUAACAUUAAUGCAUCAUCAGAGGAGAACUAGGACUCCUCCAACGGCGGGGGUCGAGAGGCCCCCGCACACCAGUUAAGUUAAUUACAUUUUUGAAUAUCAAAAAUCUAACCAAUCAUUUUUCUCGCAGUCGCAUUUUGUAUUAAAUGGACAUCGUUUGUUUUGACUUCACCAGAACUGAGCUUAAAUCAGAGUCGAGGUAACCCGUUUUGUUCUUGGUGGUGGAAAGUAAUUGCAUGCAGUGUGAGGGUGUAGCAGUUGCGCUGGUUACCGAACCAGUUAUGUUUGGUGUGGUCCACACCUAUACAGCCGUAUCGGCUGUCUCAGACGAACCUCAGUUAAUCACAGUUUUACGUUUGGUAUUUUCGAGGCACACUUGACAUCAGCGAGGCCUGAUCCUAACUGGGGAAUACCGACGUAAUGUAGACGUCAUUCUGUCUGCAGAAGGAACACCAACGCCAGGAGGCGCGGGCGGAGGCCAUCCGGCCUCCGUUUCAGGGAAGUCCUUUUUUGUAACAUCAUUUCGGUUUAAAAAAGCACCCUCUCAUUUUAUUCAUAGCACCACCACCAGCGACGAACGGUAUCAGGCACGACCAGUCAACACAAAAAGCAAGCACCAGCAAAACAAUGAACAGGACAACUGCGACUGCGGAGAUAACGUUCCAAAUCGUCAACAGAAAUUACAGUUACUUUCAACAACAAUCUCAUCAUUUACUAGCAUCAGAAACAACCGCAGACAAAGGUAUCAGGCGCAUCAUCAACGUGUCAACUCCCAUCAGCAGAAUAUAAACACGAACUAAGAACUUGGCAGCAACAACAACAGCAAAUGAAACGAAAGAAGGAUCACAACAAAACUCACACAUAUUGUAGAGCACAAUCGGCGAAUCUAGAUCAAGUUCAUAGUACCGUUACCCUCACCAGACGUAAAUAGUAGCACCAACAAUGACCAGAUGAUGUAAACAAACCGGGAUGUACCGUUACCACGGAGAGCGCUGCCUAUUUCCGAAGUGUGUGCCAGACAACCUCUGUUCUCAUCGGUUUCGUAGUAGCUAGAAUAGGACAGAAGCAAUUGAAAUGCAAGAUAUUUCAAGGCGGCCGGCAUGUUUAUGCGAAAAGGAAUUUUGAGCAUCCCGAGAAAACGUGAUCCACAACAACCAAGCGAUAUUGUUUUCCUCUUUUCCCACACAGUAUCGCUUGGUUUGUUUCACUCGAGCAACAAUUACUCAGAGAGACCAAUUCUCUCUAGAGAUAACGUUUUUUGAUGUUGCUUUGAUCGAUGUUUCUGAUAAAACAGCUGAUUGUAUGAAG